AGGGGCGCAGGCCCAGGGCUUUACAGCUCUGCAUCAUGAGAGCCUCGGGGCGGCCCCCUUUCCUCCCGCCCUAUCCGGGGACUGAAGAAGGAGGCGCCCUUAGGGGACGGGACCGUCCUGAGCUCCCGGCGCAUACCCGGGGACAGGAGUGGCAGGCUUGUCGCGUGGGGCGGGGCCAGCCCAGAGCUCGCAGCUCGCGGGGCGGUGCUGGCCGCGGCGGCCGCUGCCCGGGGGCGGGAUCCGGAUCUAAGCCUCCAGUAAUCCCGCUGAGGCCCGAACCAGAGGCGGGCGGGGACAUCCGCGCCGACGCGGCCGCGGGCGCUGGGACGGCCCUCACUGGAGGUCUUCCGUCUCCGCCCCGACAUCUGGCCCCGGCCACGUGGUGGGCGGACCGGGGCGGUCCUGAUCCUGCGACCUCGCAGGCCACCUCGCUGGACCAAAAGUCCAGGCCACAGUCAGGGAAGGGCACUGAGAGGCGAGCGUGAGCCCAGCGACAGGAGAGUGAGCUCACCACGCGCAGCGCCAUGACCAGCAAGGGUCCCGAGGAGGAGCACCCAUCGGUGACACUCUUCCGCCAGUACCUGCGCAUCCGCACCGUCCAGCCGAAGCCUGACUAUGGAGCUGCUGUGGCUUUCUUUGAGGAGAGAGCCCGCCAGCUGGGCCUGGGCUGUCAGAAAGUGGAGGUGGCACCUGGCUAUGUGGUGACCGUGUUGACCUGGCCAGGCACCAACCCUACACUCUCCUCUAUCUUGCUCAACUCCCACACGGAUGUGGUGCCUGUCUUCAAGGAACAUUGGAGUCACGACCCCUUUGAGGCCUUCAAGGAUUCUGAGGGCUACAUCUAUGCCAGGGGUGCCCAGGACAUGAAGUGCGUCAGCAUCCAGUACCUGGAAGCUGUGAGGAGGCUGAAGGUGGAGGGUCACCGGUUCCCCAGAACCAUCCACAUGACCUUUGUGCCUGAUGAGGAAGUUGGGGGUCACCAAGGCAUGGAGCUGUUCGUGCAGCGGCCUGAGUUCCACGCCCUGAGGGCAGGCUUUGCCCUGGAUGAGGGCAUAGCCAAUCCCACUGAUGCCUUCACUGUCUUUUAUAGUGAGCGGAGUCCCUGGUGGGUGCGGGUCACCAGCACUGGGAGGCCAGGCCAUGCCUCGCGCUUCAUGGAGGACACAGCAGCAGAGAAGCUACACAAGGUUGUGAGCUCCAUCCUGGCAUUCCGGGAGAAGGAAUGGCAGAGGCUGCAGUCAAACCCCCACCUGAAAGAGGGGGCCGUGACCUCCGUGAACCUGACUAAGCUAGAGGGUGGCGUGGCCUAUAACGUGGUACCUGCCACCAUGAGCGCCAGCUUUGACUUCCGUGUGGCACCGGAUGUGGACUUCAAGGCUUUUGAGGAGCAGCUGCAGAGCUGGUGCCAGGCAGCUGGCGAGGGGGUCACCUUAGAGUUUGCUCAGAAGUGGAUGCACCCCCGAGUGACACCUACUGAUGACUCAAACCCCUGGUGGGCAGCUUUUAGCCGGGUCUGCAAGGACAUGAACCUCACUCUGGAGCCUGAGAUCAUGCCUGCUGCCACUGACAACCGCUAUAUCCGCGCGGUGGGGGUCCCAGCUCUAGGCUUCUCACCCAUGAACCGCACACCUGUGCUGCUGCAUGACCACGAUGAACGGCUGCAUGAGGCUGUGUUCCUCCGUGGGGUGGACAUAUAUACACGCCUGCUGCCUGCCCUUGCCAGUGUGCCUGCCCUGCCCAGUGACAGCUGAGCCCUGGAACUCCUCAACCUUUGCCCCUGGGGCUUCCAUCCCAACCAGUGCCAAGGACCUCCUCUUCCCCUUUCCAAAUAAUAAAGUCUAUGGACAGGGCUGUCUCUGAAGUACUAACAGCAAGGA